AUGUCGAUAAUUGACUUUAAAUUACAUGUUCUGUUAGAGGUCUCAAUCAAUGUCAUCCACCAAUUGCAGGAUUCCUUAUAUUUAUAUUCCGGACAUAUUAGUGCGGAUAUGGGAUGCUGUGGCUGUUCGCCGUAUGCCUCCACAAUCACGGCUGGAAUAUUUACAAUAUUGGAUCUUCUGUUAUGCCUCCCGUUUGACGCAUAUUUAUUGGCGUUUAUUACUUCGGAAGACUUGGCCGCUAAACAGGAUGAAACUAAUAUCGCCCGUUAUAUCUAUUUUAUAUUUUUUGUCAAGAAAGACAUGAAAAAAGUGGUCAUUGCAUUACUUGCCAUCAAAAUAGCGGUCCGUUGUAUUUGGUUCAUAACAUCCAUAAUGUUAUUCGUGGGAAAUGCGAAAGAGUAUAAGAAGUUUCUGACCUGUUGGCAAAUUCUAACGGCGACCAGAAUUGUUGUGGGAAUCACCACUUGUAUUUACGGUGGCGUUAAACUUACAGAAGACUUAAAGCUACUAUUCAAUGGUGGCGACUGGGCUGAUGAUAAUUUAAAAGGAUUAAUUGCCGAGUUUGUAAUGUGUUUAAUGAUAUUUGUAUACCAACGAGCCGUAGAGAUUGAGUCGCGAAAGGGUCAGGGUAAUAACCAAUGGGGCAACUUUGGUAAUACGAGCCAAACCCAGAACAGACCGGACCCGCCCGGUACUGGCAACCGAACGGCUGUCUCAGCGCUCGCACAUCCCGUGAGUCUGACUCAAGAGCCCAAUCCCUUCACUCCUAUCAGAGAAGAAAACAACAAUAAGAGGGAAGUGACCACUGCUUUGCCACAGAAGGCCAGCAAUGGCUACGAAACAACACAUUCAGUACAACCAAUAUUGAAUGUGAAUGAAGUGAUUGCUAUACCGCGGGUCACUCUCGCACCAAAGCCGACUCCCGCUCCCAAACCCACCACAACUGCAAAUCAGCAACGAUUUGAUAACAAUGGUUACGAUCACAGGAAUCCUUACGCCUCUUCUCAGGUCCAAAGACACAGCUAUUUAGAGCCCGAAAGGAAUCCAGAGAGAUAUCCCAAACGGACCGCUAGUUUCAAUCAAACACAACAAAUUGCGGGCCAAAGGAAUGUUAAUUAUAAUUCCUAUGAUAACAGAGGCUAUCAAAGAAGUAAUCAGGACUUACAUCAGAGACCGUCGGGACCUUCCGGAAGGACUAACUUUUAA